AUGUGUUCGAUAUUUUGUUCAAGAAAAGGUGAUGUAAUUGAACCAAAAUCAGUACCACACUACUUAUUUCGACAAUUAUUUGAACAUCAAUCUUCAACUUAUACAUAUCUGUUGGCUGAUUUAACAACUAAAGAGGCUUUAAUCAUUGAUCCUGUUGUUAAUACUGUUGAACGUGAUGCGAAACUUAUUGAACAACUUGGUCUAAAUUUACGAUAUGCAGUCAAUACACAUGUUCAUGCUGAUCAUAUUACAGGAAGUGGAGAAUUGAAAAAAAAAUUUCCUAAUUGUAAAAGCGUUAUUUCGAAUGAAAGUGGAGCUAAAGCUGAUAUUUAUGUAAAAGAUAAUGAAUUAAUUAAGAUUGGUGAAUCAGGUAAAACACCAGUGAUACUUGAAUGUCGAGCAACGCCAGGCCAUACAAAUGGUUGUAUGAGUUUUGUUUGGAAUAAUUAUGCAGCAGUUUUUACUGGUGAUGCUCUUUUAAUUCGGGGUUGUGGUCGAACUGACUUUCAGCAAGGAAGUUCUGAUAAACUUUAUACAUCAGUCAAAACGAAAAUAUUUACAUUACCUGAUCAUUAUAAAGUUUAUCCAGCGCAUGAUUAUACCGGACAGUUAUACUCAAGUAUACUUGAAGAAAAAACUCAUAAUCCACGAUUGAAUAAGUCACGAGAUGAAUUUAUUCAAAUAAUGGCUGAUCUUAAACUUAGUUAUCCGAAACAAAUUGAUAAAGCUCUUCCUGCAAAUCUUCUAUGUGGUUUACAAGACGAUGUUUAA